UGCACCCUGACCCGGAAAUAAAAUUAUGAUGGCGCUUUUCAACGGAAGUUGGCAGUCUGUCACAGCAGUACAAAAUGGCGGACGGUGAUGAUCUUUCUCAGCAACAAACCGAUAAUUUGCUUCAGUUUCAGGAUUUGACUGGUAUUGAGGAUAUAGAACGCUGCCGGACUAUUCUUGAAAGACACAACUGGAACAUCGAGACAGCAGUGCAGGAUACAUUUAAUGAGCAAGAAGGUGCACCCACAGUUUUUUCCCAGCAGGGUGCCAGAGAAGCCAGGGAACUGGUGGUAAACACACAACCUUUCAACCAAAGGGUGAUUUCUAUACAGCGUCAGCAGCCAGCUGGACUUUGGCAGUGGUCAUAUUAUGUAAUAUUUUUCCCAAUCCGAUUUGUUUGGUCGACAGUUUUUGAUGUCUUACGAUUUUUCUUUCGAUUGUUGCGUCCAGAUCCACGAAGAAAUGUUACUGAUCCAUUAGGUGAUGUACUUAGGUUUAUCAGCCAGUAUGAGUCGAAAUAUGGCAGCUGUCAUCCUGUCUUCUAUCAGGGAACAUACAGUCAGGCAUUGAAUGAUGCAAAGCGUGAGCUAAGAUUCCUGCUGGUUUAUCUCCAUGGUGAUGAUCACCAGGACACAGACAGUUUUUGUCAGAACACUUUGGCUGAUCCACAAGUGUGCACAUUUCUAAACACACGUACCAUCUUAUGGGCCUGUAAUACAGGUAGCCCAGAAGGAUAUAGAGUGUCACAAGCACUGAAGGAAAACACAUAUCCAUUCCUGGCUGUGAUUGUGCUGCGAGAGAAUCGUAUGACAGUUGUAGCCAAAAUAGAAGGACCUAUUGGGGCAGAAGAACUGAUGAAUCGAUUAGAAGGUGUCAUGCGAGAAAAUGAAGUAUCUUUGAUUGCUGCCCGAGCAGAAAGGGAGGAGAGAAACUUCAACCAGACGUUAAGGCAGCAACAAGAUGAAGCAUACUUGGAGUCUUUACGGGCAGAUCAAGAAAAGGAAAGAAGGAAGAGAGAGGAACGUCAGAGAUUGGAGGAAGAAUUGCAAAAACAGAGAGAUGAAGAAGCUCGCCUAGAAAGAAUACAAGAGGAACGCCAGCGGAGAAAGGAGGAACUUGCUCUGGAAAUUCCUCCAGAACCUGACGUUGAUCAUCCAGAUGCUAUUCGCAUAGUUCUUAAAACUCCCAAUGGCAAACGUCUUGAGCGGCGAUUUUUAGGCAUACAGUCUUCCAAGUACCUGUACUUUUAUGUGUUUUGCCAUGCAGAGUGUCCAGAUGACUUCCAGAUAGUGACAAAUUUUCCCCGACGUGUUUUAAAUUGUGAACCCACAGACGAAAAGGUGGAUCCCCCUUCUUUCAAAGAGUUAGGCCUUGGUAAAUCAGAGCUGUUGUUUAUCCAUGAUAAUGAAGCUUGAAGGAAGUUUCCAUUGGUGGACAGUGCCUGGAGCUACUCAGAAAGGGCCUCACACUGCCAUAGAAAAUUUCAGGCUGGAUGGAUUAUGCUUUUGUGGUCUCUGGAUCCUUCUGAAUCUUGCAGUAAAAAUGAAUGCCAGAAAAAUCAUGUGUUGGUUGUGAACUGGUGAAAGUUCUCACUGUCACAUUGAUAUGAAUUGAGCUGUGUGUGACUGCAAGGGGAAUUCAGCUAUCAUCGCUGAAUUGCAGCCAUUGGCAGGGAUUCAGUUUCAAGUGCAAGACAUGCUGAGCUGCAUGAUGAUGAGACAUCAUGCCGAGUGGAGUGGUAAAGAAGUGGACAGCAACUAAUAAUGUGAUGUGAUUCACAGUGCAUAUGUGUGAGAGGAAAUGUAGCUUCUUUUGAAUUAGUAGAUAACAAGCCACCAUUUGUUCUCUUGUUGCUUAUGCAGUCAUUCAGGUAUGGUUUCAGAGUCCUUGGGCAUUCCUUUUUUUUUCCCCUGACACUUUUAUAACAUCUUUAUAGCCCCUUUCUAUUCUUUAUGAAAAAUAAAAUCAAAAACAAAAUUUUUCCUAGAUCAAAGUAAAAAAAAAGAGACACAAUUAUAAGGAGGAUAAAUUUUAUUGAUGAUUUGAUGUGGUGAUGGGUGAAAAAUGCAGUCUGGCUUUUAAUUACUCUAAAUGUAGAGACAAGAAAAUGCUUAUAACUUCGAUUAAUCAACUCAGUUUUUCACGCUUUUGGGCAAAGGAUUGGUCCUACAAAUGUAAAGCUCUAUAUGAAAAGUAACAGUUUUAAAUCUACUAACAAUUACAUUCAUAAAAGAAAAGGUGCUAAAGCAUGUUUUUGGUAUUCUAUAAUCUGUAGUUUUACAGAUGAUGAUAAGUAGUAUAUAUGUCUGUCUUAAUUAAGAUGCCCUAUGAUAGUAGGGGUAAAAGAACCUUUUGACUGGUAUGCUUGAUUUUCAAGAUUUGUCUUUGUUGUUUUGUUUUUAUAUCUAUAUUCAAGUUGGAGGGAUUUGUGACAUUUAGCUACCAGCUUUGCAUGCUUAGAAAAAGAAAUAGGACAACAGAGAACAUUUUCUUACCACCUGAAGUGAUGUAUGUGUGGCAAAAAUGCACAAAGCUGCUUGUUUUAAAAUUUGAAAUAGCCAUCUUGGAUACCUUACAAAAUUGUAGGAAUCAGAAGCAAUGAAAGUUUCGCCGUUUUGCAGCACAGUAACUAAAACUCUGCUGAGAGUUCAUAUAUGUGGUUGUUCUGGCAACAGGAAUAGUGUACAGUCAUCAGAUGAAGACCAGUCUAGCAGGGAUGUAGGAGAGGGGGAGUUAAGAGAAAUAGGGCAGGAGCCUGUAAAUAAAUUGAGACAUAGCAAAGACUGUACUGAAUUUUAUUGGUGUUGGGCACCUUAGUCACUGUGCAUGAGAUGGCAGAUGAGCCACCCACCAUGGUCAGUAAUACAGAGAAAUUUAAGUUCAUGGAUGACAGGAUCAGCAGGUUUCAGUGUGUGCGUGCCAGUGCUUGCUUGAGUGUUCAUGCAUUAUCUUCACUUGCCUGCUGGCUUGAGUGAUAUAAGCGUGAAUGUCCUCCCAUUGUCUAGGAUCUUCAUAGAAAUUCUUAUAGAAGGGGAAAAAAGUGGAGAUUUCCAUUAUUUUUUUAAAAGUCCUUGAAACUGAAGAUAAUUACUUAUUUUAAAAUUUGUCAAGUGUCCAGCAAGUGUUUUGUGAUUUACCCAUGUAAUAAUGUGUUUGAAAACUUUUAGGUUGAAUAAAUGAGAAUUUACUUUU